ACAAAGUGAAUCGCGAAUUGUGGAUGCGUGCGGAAAAAAGGGCAACGGGUUGCGAAGGCUGUUCAGGUGCUGCAAAAUACGUGAUCUCUCGUGGUGACCAUAAUAGGAAACAAUGAGAACAUGUUCGGCCGUCCGCGGUGCCGCGACUGGAGUCCACUGUCGACGCAGCAGCUUCGGUUGCGCAGCUUAGUGCAGAUAUCGGGCCACAACAUCGUCAGUUCCCCGGCGGAACCGGGCCCAUCGUCGUCGUUGCCCCUGGGACGUAGCAAAUGCACCGUUUACUUCACGCUCCACCAAACGCCCAUGUCGGCCCCGUUCUACACCAGCGAAAAGCUCGACCUCCAUCGGAAUGUGCUGUGGGCGGACAUCGACUGUCCAGCGGCGGCCAAAUCUUCGCUGCGCAGUGUUUGCGUGCGCGUCUGGGAGCAUACGCAAACAGCGCAGUCAGUAUCCGUUCCUCGUAAUGUGUGUGAUAAUAAGUGUACUCAGCGUGAGCCGCCGCAACAAAGGGAAACCACGGAAGCCGCAGUGCCUGAUGAGGCCACCGAAUCUGGCCCCUCCGAUCGGGUGCUGUUCAUGUGGGGGGUUUACUUUUCCGGGCUCGUGCCACUGUCGAGGCGGAGUGAGAAGCGCCUCAAACCGAAUACGCUGGUGUUUCAGAUGCACGGUGGCUACUUUACGUCGGCCGAUUGCAUCGUGGAACCGGACGAAAUGGGGACCCCACACGCGGCCAGUGAGGCAGGCAUACCAAAAACACCGAGCAAUCUAUCCCCGGCGCCCGGCGGCUCAUCGGGCGCGAUUUCCAUUCCGGCGAGUGGCCGGAGUCGGGUAGACAGCGGACCACACUGUGAUAGUAGCAAUAAUUCUCCCCUCCCCGCGCAGCCGUCACCAUUAUCCGCCACCCAUCACUGGUACUUUGCGAACAGUGUCCAGCAGCAGCAAAAGUUUUCCGUUUCGCCAGACACUCGCCAACGGCCGGUUUCCACUUCCGUCAGUCCUACGCCGACGGAGCCACCCGAAACGAACCUACGGCUUCGGUAUCUGCACAUGGAGUUUCCGGCCGGCGAAGUUCGUACCAGCUACGAUCUGGUGCGGCUACUGGCGGUACAGGAACGCCAGCGGCGGCUCCGGUACGAGGCAGACAGUGCGAAAACGCUCACCGAGCGGAUCUGCAUGAAGAGUGCCUACUGCUUAAAUCUGGAGCUGUUCAGCAACAAACACGCGAUCGUGUACCGCUCGGCGUCGAACAGGGCCGGCAUGGGGAAGCAGCUGAGCCGGCUGCUGUACCAGGACCGCGAACCGAUCGACCCGACAAUGUUGCUCCGGGGUCAAGAACUGCGGCGCCACAUCGAGCGGGCUCGAUUCCAGUGUCGGCUGUUGGCGGAAGAACGGGAACGGACACGGGCCGUGAUGCAGCAGUUGCGCUACAAACUGCACCUCCUCUCCGACGGGAACAUCGAGCGAGAAUCGGCGCUCAUGGAACGCUACCGAACGUACGGGCGCGAGAAGGAGCAGCAGAGCCAGCGGCGGACAGCCUAUGACCGGCAGCGUGACAACCUUAGAAAGCUUCAAGGCCAGGUGCAGGCCAUACGGCAAUCGCUGCUGCACAGUUUAGGCGAAAUAUACUACAUUCGAAAGACAAGUCAGGGUAUGUACACGAUCAACGAUGUACCGUUGCCGAACGCUGAAUCCUACACCGACUCAACGCCCGCCCUGGCCCUCAGUGUGGCGCUUGGUUUCGUUGCACACGCCGUGAUGAUGUGUUCCUCGUUUCUCGAUAGUCCGCUCAGAAAUCCUAUCCAAUACGACGGUUCUCGGUCCAAAGUUAUGGACAUCAUAAAGCCUCUACCGACGGUGGAUCGAGAGUUUCCGCUGCACUGCCGAUCGGGACCGGCACCGAACUCCGUGCUGUACGGUGUGUAUCUGUUGAACCAGAACAUUUCUCAGUUCAAGUUCCAGCUCGGGAUGAGCCGGGGUGAUCCGCGUGCGACGCUCGUCAAUUUGCACAGCAUACUGACGGUGCGAAACAUGGACCGUGGCAGCACGGUGGAUGGCACGCUUACGAACGAGAUUCAGCAAUCGUGCCCGAUACCGACGACAUCGAGCGGUAGUUUCGGUGCCUCAUCGCUCGAGCUGAAAAUGUCACCCGCUUUCCAUUCGCUGUCGCUCGGCGGCGGAAGCAGCAGUGGGACCAGCAGCAGCAGCGGUUCCUAUCGCCACGACAAUCCAUCGUCCAGCAGGAUCUCCAGCUCGGUUGAUGACUACACGGAACGGGAACGGAUGCAACGGUUGCACCAGAUGAUGCAACAGCACCCGGUGCACCAACAACCGGCGCAAUGCCCCGGCGACGGGAUUGUUGCCGCCGAGCAGCGCUUGAGGGGAUGUGGUAGCCGGUUUUCCUCCGACCCGAUACUCACCAAGGUCCAGCGGCCACGACCACUCGACUUUGAGGGUGGCAAAAAAUUCUGAACUAGACAAUUGUCCAAUCGAAUUACGAUUUUUUUUCGGGACGGGUCUCUC